AUGGCUCACAACAUCGUGCACACCUACAGUGACCUACUGGCAAAGAGUGUACCUCCGAUCCCGGCACAUGUCGUCCGCUCACGUCAUCUCUCCCCGAACGGGAUAUCCCCGCCACGACUUCUUAGGGUCAUCCUGCGGCACAAACUCCGCUCCGCUCAAAUCACGAGUCAGAGUCAAAGCUCCCAGCAGCAAGAUAAAGAUAAUGGGGGCGCCCGCUAG